AUGAAAGCCGUGCCAGCCAACUUGCUGGUAUUCGCGGCCAAUGUUCUCAUACCUGUUGGUAUCUUAGUAUUCUCCUUUGGGUUUUUCCCUUAUAAGCCUCUGAUUCCUGGUCUGGCUACAUUUGGAAGAUCCGAAUAUGUGCCACCGAGGAUCUUUGACAAGGUAAUCUUCAUGGUGGUGGAUGCAUUGCGGAGCGACUUCGUAUUUUCGAACACCUCCGGGUUUUUAUUUACUCAGAGUCUUAUACGAUCUGGUGCUGCGAUCCCUUUUACUGCUUAUGCAGGCUCCCCAACUGUCACCAUGCCACGAUUGAAGGCUAUAACCACAGGAUCAGUGCCUUCAUUUCUUGAUGUUAUCCUUAAUAUAGCAGAGUCAGACACAUCAUCAACUCUUGCAUAUCAAGACACGUGGCUGGCCCAAAUCAAAGCGAAAGGGGACCGACUAGUAAUGUAUGGGGACGACACCUGGCUAAAGCUGUUUCCCGGAAUGUUCAGCAGGGCAGAUGGGACGACAAGUUUCUUUGUAUCAGUCAGUCGCACUCUUCUAUUUACUCAGUCUGUACUUCCAAGAAAACUGACCUUCUUCCCCCAGGACUUCACCGAAGUAGACACCAAUGUGACUCGUCAUAUUCCUAAUGAGCUUGCUCAGCAUGAUUGGUCCUGCCUGAUAAUGCAUUACUUGGGCUUAGAUCAUAUUGGACACAAAGCUGGGCCACAGAGUUCAUUCAUGAUACCCAAACAGAAUGAAAUGGACUCGAUUGUCACGCAGGUAUAUGGAGCAAUAGAGCAGAAGCCCCAUCUACAGUCAACCCUCUUCGUCCUUUGCGGUGACCAUGGGAUGAAUGACGCUGGGAACCAUGGUGGUUCUUCAGCAGGUGAGACCUCACCUGCCCUCCUCUUCAUAUCGCCGAAGUUGCAGAGCUUGGGGGCCGGUAGAGAUAGCCCUGUCGAUGCAAUAGAUGAGCUGCAGUACUAUCGUACUGUGGAUCAGACCGAUAUUACCCCGACUCUAGCGGGCCUUCUUGGGCUGCCCAUCCCAUUGAAUAGCCUCGGCGUGUUCAUCCCUGAGCUUCUAGAUAUGUGGCAUCUUGGCUCCCAGAGAAUACAGUUGCUCAACCAGAACGCUAAACAGUUCCUGAGAAUUCUUAAAGAGACUCAUUCAGCCCACAGCUUUGAUGAUAGCACAGUGCCCUCUAAUUGCUAUGCGGGCUCGCAGAGUGGUCUGGAUGAAGUCCAAUGCGCUUGGUCCCGAGCACAGAGAUUGCUUCGUCAGGAUGAUGCAGCUACAGCACAUAGCAUUCAUGUCCAGGCCGAGAUUGAAACGGCACUAUUACAUUUCCUUGAAGUCUCCCAGGAAGUGAUGAGCGGCGCUGCUAGCAAUUAUGAUGUUAUGCACCUCUUACUAGGUACUUGCAUUACGGGCCUUGCGGUCUUGUUCUCUUUCCCUGACACGUAUAAAGCGCUCUCAGGUCAUCGGCAUUCGGGGCUGUUCCUGGUGGCAUGCAUGCUGCUGUACGGUGCCAUGAUGUUUGCUAGUAGUUAUGUCGAAGAAGAACAACAAUUUUGGUAUUGGAUAUCUACGGGAUGGGUCUUCUACCUGCACGUCAGGUCGUUUGAAUCUCAACAAAAAGCUCCCCCUCAGGCUGCCAACCAAUCAACCCAUUCUGCGGCAUAUCUCUCCCACACGAUGGGCGUUUUUAUCUUAGCAAUCUCUCACCGGAUUUUGAGACGUUGGAAUCAGACUGGUCAAAAAUUUACUGCUGAACCCGAUCUUGCCCGGAUAUACUUUCCAAGCCAUCAGGGCAGCCUUUGGUUCUUGGUGGGAUUGACAUAUGCUGAUGUUUGUCUGAACCUGAUAAACGACCUUACUCCAUCAUUCAUUUGGCCUCUGCUCUGUCUCGCGGUAACGGCCACAUGUUUCACGUUCAAGUUGGUUUUCGCGGCGUCGGAGUCGCCUGAACUUCUCGAUGAAACCGCGGUCCGAAGCGUCGCAGCCUUACUUAAUGGAAUACCGCUUGUCCUAUAUGCGCGUGUUGCAAUGGGCGGCAUUGUCUUGCUACUUCUAGCAUCCAGAUUCAUCGCAAAAAGCAGCCACUCCCCUCAUAGACGAAUCAAGGGUAACCAAUAUCCCGAUCUUCCUGAUUCUCAGGUUGCAACUCAAGGUUCUGGCAACGAUGAACCUAACAUCUGUUGA